CAAAAUUUCAACAAAACAAAAAGGAAAAUCUGAAAAGGAAAAGAGCUUCCGAAAUCUGGGUCUUUAAGGAAAUUGCUGUUGUUUCUGCUGGACCGGGCUGCUUCCUAGAUUGCUGGGUGUCGUUCCUCAGUUUGUUCUGCAUUGUUGGCUUGUUUCAAGCUCCAUUUUCGAAGCUUAGCUUGCCGGCAGUCCCCUGGUACGGCGAUAUACGACGUCGUAUGGCAAAUCCUAUGCUUCGAGGCUUUCGGCGACUUCCCUUUCUUUCACUUCUCAAAAAGCCACUGCCGUCUGCUUCUUACAGGCCAAAUCUUGGGACCCCAGAAAGCUUUUUUUACUUAUCAAGGUUAGUGACUCAAAAUAACUUAACCCCAAAAAACCCAUUUUGGAAAUUUAGAAGCUUUAGCCAUGGGAGUGUUAACUUUGUGAUAACAAAAGAUGGAAAGCCCAAGUUUGAGACACAUGAAGUGGAGGCACCAAAGAAGGAGAAAUGGAAGACAAAGAAGAGGCUAAAGCUGCAAAGGAAGAGGGAUAAGAAGAAGAGAAAAGCUGCAAAUAAAAGAGAUCCAAGAAGGCUUGGUGUUAAGGGGAAGAAAAAGAAGCAAAAGUUUGAUACUCCUGAAGAAAGAAUUAAGCAGAAGAUUGACAAUGCAAAAGUCAAAGAAGCCAUGCUAAUCGAGAGAUUAAAGCGAUACGAGGUUCCCAAAGUUCAAGGUCCUGAGGUUAAGCCACAUUUUCUCACUGGUGAGGAACGGUUCUAUAUCAAAAAGAUGGCACAGAAAAGGUCCAAUUAUGUGCCAAUUGGCAGAAGGGGAGUCUUUGGAGGUGUUAUUCUCAAUAUGCAUCUACAUUGGAAAAAGCAUGAAACUGUCAAAGUCAUAUGCAAUUCCUGCAAACCUGGUGAAAUCCAAGAAUAUGCCGAUGAAAUUGCAAGACUGAGUGGUGGCGUCCCAAUUCAGAUAAUUGGGGAUGAUACAAUAGUUUUUUACAGAGGAAGGGAUUAUGUGCAGCCCGAAAUUAUGUCUCCUAUUGAUACACUGUCUAAGAAGAGGGCGUUGGAAAAGUCCAAGUAUGAGCAAUCACUUGAGUCCGUGAGACGUUUCAUUGCCAUAGCUGAGAAGGAACUUGAACUCUACUAUAGACAUGUUGCUCUAUACGGUGACCCAAAUAAUCGGAGUGCUUACUCCAUCCUUGAUGAUUCAAGAAGUGCAAGAGAAAAACGAAAUGCUGAAAUAGGAGAGGAGAACUAUUCAGCCAGUGAAUCUAACCCCUCGGAUCUCGAGUUGUCAGAAAUUGAUGAUAAUUGUUCUGAUGACAACCAGUCUUUAAGCGAAUUUGAAUUCGAGGAUACUGACGAAUCAAGUAGUGAUGACUUGGAUUCUGGGGAGGGAAACUCUAGUAAUUACUCAGGUAGCAUACAGGGAAAUACUAGUAGAUAUUCCAAACGCAAAUAGUCAAGAAUAUCCUGAAAUAAUGCGGCUUUAAUUCUUGUUCCGGUAGUUUCGCAAGCUAAUUAUAUAGAUUAACUUGAAAUUUCUGAUUCUAAAUUAUAGUUGACCUUUCCAAUUGGUUUCCUUGUAUUGACACUAGACCCUAACAAGAGGGAUUGCUGGUGAGAUUAUCUGGGGGGAUCCUCCCCACCUUGUGUUGGCUAUAAUCUGACCUGAAUUCUUGAAGUUUGUAACUUGACGAUAGAAUCCGACUUUAUAUUUCUUCGAUUGAUGGCUGAAGGAUUUCUCUAAAGCUUCUACAAAAUCUUCAUGGCCAACGGCACAAGUUUCAAUCCUGGGGAACUGCAAUAAAUGGCAUUCAUGUUCAGGUUGGUUGAAGCAAAGGCCAGAUAUUUUCCUGAUAACUGGCAUAAUUCAUAUUUGAUGAAUGGGAAUCUGCAAAGAAAAGCGUCGCCAAGGUGGAUAGCAUGAGUCCAAAUCAUAGUAGAGACAAAGAAUGUUAGAUGAUUUCCUCCGAUCGUUGGUGGGCCAAGUUACAGGUACUGUCUUGAUGGAUAAAGUUAUCCGGUAUCUUGUGCUGGUGGGAGGUUGUAAGUACGAGAGAACACUAAAGAGCAACACAAAGUUCCGAUUGCUGGAUGUAAGGAAAGUCAAAAACUACUAUCAGAGGGUUAGAAAACCUUGAAUGCUUGAUAGUAAAUAGAAGCUACUUUUCCCAAAAUCAUGUGUCAAUGAACUGUCCCAAUUCUACAGAUUGUUCUACAUUUGCUCACUUGUAACCAAAGUUAUGUUAAAUUUUCCAGUUGUUUAUUUUGAAGAGGAGAAGACAGUUAUUGUUUUAAAUAUUUUAAUAUUCCAAUAAAUUUUUACAGCAUAUAUUA